GAUCUAUCCUCACAACACUCAUAAACAUGGAUAAAGAAGAUCACUUUAAUAUAUCUAUCCUUCUAAGCUUUUGUAAACACUGUGGUGAUGAUUAUGCAGGUUUAGUACCAAGAAAAUGAGAAUUCUGUCAGAAAAAUAUGAAAUUCAGAUACCAAGGGGUACUUUUCUACCUCCAGAAAAACAACAAAAUGUGAGAGGUCUGUUAAGAGAGUACUUCAACUCUAUUAGUAAACAUUUGGUCAAGGACCACCAAGAAAUGCAGAACUUUGAGAAACAAAAUUUACGAAUAUUACAGACUAAAGGAGAGCUAAGUCAAGACAGAAAAGAAAAACUUGAAGCUAUGCAGUCAGCAUUUGAUAAAUUAUUGCAAAAUGCUCAAAGUUUUGCAGAUAUUUUAGAUGAAGAUAUGCCAGAAUUAAAAAACACAAAAUAUGCCAAAAAGUGAAGAGAGUAUGAUAAUAACUGGGUCAGGUACAGACAUAGAUGACUUUGCAAUAAAUGCUGAGAAUAUAUGGUGCGAUACUGAGACUCAGAAGUUUUAUUGUGACCUUCCAGAAUUGACUGUUUUCCUUCCAACUGCAUUUUUAAAUAAAGGUCAAAAUGUUCCUACUAAUGAAAUUACUGAAGAGGUGCUCGAUUCUGAGCUUCCAGCAGAAGAACUCGAGGAUGAUGGAAAGCUGGAGGAACCUUCAGCAGCUGUUGCAGAAGAAGAGAAUGAAGAUCCCUCUACAAGUACAGCAAGCAAUAAAAUUGUGUUGGAGGCAUUUCUGAAUAAUUUACCAAAUUGUGUCAAUAGAGAAAUGAUUGAUAAUGCUGCUAUUGACUUCUUGGUAACCUUGAACAACAAGCAUAAUAGAAGAAAGCUUGUGCGCGCAUUAUUUGGUGUUAAUAGGUAAUGUUUUUCUUUAUACACCAUAAUUUAAUAGUAAC